AAUACUGCGAAAGUGUUAAAUUGUUAAACUGCUUUGUUUGUUUUUGUUACCGGAUGACUGCAAAAUAAAACAAUGAUGGCUGCCUCCUGUACACAACCUGUUGUUGUUCCUGAAAACUAUUUCCCUGCCUUUAAAGUUGAGGUUCUUUUGCAUGCUCCUAUUCAAGUCUACCAAACAUCUGAGGCAGAUCUUCACAUUGAUUUGAUGAUGCUUUGUUACCAGCUAGACACAAUAUGUAAGCAAGGCUUAGCAAAAUCUCCUGAAACAAAACGAGCAAGCAUAUUGCGCAACAGUAAAGCAACUCUGGUCUACAACAAUAUUCAGCAAGUCUUGUUUAAGUUGCUCAAGUCCACUAACUCUGGGAAUAUUGCAUCAUUUCCCAUUGACUCUGGGCUGGAAGAGUUGUUUCCACGUGUAUCUGCUUACAUGGCAGGAAAUGAACAUUUGAUUUCAAGUUUCAAAUCCCCUGCUGUAGAUGAAUACUUCUCACAGCUUUCCUCCAUGCAUCACCUGCUGUCUCUUUCUAAACAAAUACAUGAGGAGGUGGAGAGUCAAUCACGACCUAAAUAUUUGGCACACCAGUUGGCAAUACUAUAUCAAGCUAUUGUGAAUUUGCCUUCUGGAGAAAAUGUUUUCUCAAAGCAUAAGAAAAAUUUAGAAGAAAAUUUUCCAAUUCUGAAAAGACAUCUUGCAGAGCUGCCAGAAGAAGGUGAAAGUUUGUCUUCUGAAGUAAGAGAAUGGGUGCUGGAUUUUACUGACAGUUUGAUGCAAGGGAUCCGAUCCAUGCCAUCAGCCAUGACAAGAGAACUUCUACCCCUAGCUAUGUCAUUCACGUCAAUGUCCUAGCAGAUCCUUCAUUAUUUGCUCAACUCAUUGACAUUAAGUGCAAAAGAUUGAAGUGGUUCUGUGUAAUGCUGAAGACAUUGUUGAUCUCACUGAAACAAAAGUUUUAGGAAUAACAAUAAGACCUAUGUACAAGUUGUUGUUUUCUCCCUUCAUAUCUCAAUUGCUACAUUCCACAAAUUGUUGUCCCUAACAUCUUCAAGUAAAUUUGUUUAGAAGCAGACUUGAAGGUUGUUUUGUUGGCCGGUGCUUUAAGGAUGAUGUUUUAUUGUAAAGUAAAGUUUCCCUUUCAGACCGUGCAAUCUAUGGGACAGAUGAUGUAAAGGUCAUCUGUUUCUGUGGUCCACGGUUAACGAGAGUAUCAUUUGGCCAGCACAACAACCAUGUUUUAUUGUAAUAUAAACAAUGCUUUGUAUUCAAUGCCAACAUCAUAGAUGUAUAAAUGUAUAAACAAACACUGGAGGAAACAUUUUCAUCUCUUUUUAUUGUGUUUUUUUUUAAAUAUUGGUAAAGAAAGUAUUGGUUUUAGAAUUACAACUUUGUAUAAGCUUUCUUUCUGAUAUUUCUUUCACUUGUUAAGUGUGUAGCCAUUUCACCACAAGUCCCACUAAGUUCUGUAUAAAGUGACUGUAGAGAAACUGAACCAUUUCCUAUCUCAAGACUUAGUUGAUUUUUGCAUUGAAGUGAGGACAUUUGAAACAUUAUUUCUAAUUUAUUAAUUCAACAUAACCUUUAGAUGAGAGAAAUAUAACCUUGAUCAUUAGUUCAUGAUUUUAAAUUGUUUUCCAAUACGAAAACAGUUUGGCUUGUUCAGUACCUGCUACAUAUGUGGUAAAUUGUAUAUGGGUUGUCAUUUUUGUAUACGUGAUAAAUAGGUGAUCAUAACUGAUUUUUUUUUUUUGGCAGUUUAGGCUAAUGGUAGAGUAAUUUGAAACUAACACUGCAAGUAAUGUAGCAUGCAUGGCCUAAGCUCUGCAUUCACCUAGAACUAAAAAAAAAACAAAAGUCACAACUUAUUUUUAUUACCUUUUGCUAUAUUGGCCUGAGAAAAAAUUCUUCAUUUUCUGAACAUAAUUCUAGAAUAGAUUGUUGACUCUCCGAAACGUAGCCACUCUGGACCUAUGCUAUGUCCUUGACAGCUACCUGUAAUUCUUUUCCUUCACAACAUUUUACCCCACACACCACCACCCACAGAUUCUGUGUGAAUAUAUUCUGGCUUUUUUUAUUUUAAUAUUUAUGCAAAUUUAGUAUUAAAUAAUUGUGGUUUAUGCUUACAAAUGAUUUCUGUAGCAAUAAAUAAACACAAUCAUUAGCUCUCCUGAUGGUCUCUACACUCUGAAAUGUGAGGAUGAAUCUACUAUAUAAGCAUUUGAUAUCGAAGGGAUUGACUUGUAUAUCACAAAAGAUUUGUUGUAGUAUUUGAAUGCUUUUAAAUUGUCUAUUGGUGAGAUUUACUGUUGUUAUCUCAUGUUGAAUAGGAAACGUGCAAGAUGUGUUGAAAUGUUCUUGAUGUUAUUCUGUUCUCUCUGACCAACUAUCUUUUGCUAUGGCACACACCAACAAACAAAAAUAUGUUUUAUUAACCUACGUUUAAUGUUAUAGACAAAGUGGCCCAUUAAUUAGAUUUUAAAUUACAUUAUUACAUUUACAUUAUAGAAACUAUUAACUUACAAAUCUCUUUUGAUGCUUUUGUAUUUUUGAUAUAUUUUUUUUUCUUUUUUCUUUAUAUUUUUACAUAGUUUUUUUUACAUUUUAUAUGUUAAUCUACUUUCUGAUGCAUAAUCUUAUAUGUAGCAUAACAAUGCAUAAUAUUAAUUUUAUAAUCCAUUUUUCUUUUUUUUUUAGUGGGUCCUGUACAGAAAUGUAUUAUCUUGUGUUUCUGUUGUCUGUCUGUCAUAUCAGUAUCUCAGAAACGUAAAGUUCUAAUUAAAAUCAAAUUUCUUCAUCAUUAAUAAAUAUAUGUGACAGCUACAAACUUCUUGAACCAUAUUCAGUAGGCAUGUUGUAUAAAUGUACAUAUGAAAUAUAAAAAACUUACAUUAAGCCGUAUUAUAUACAAAAUGAACAAUCUAGUUCACCAUCGUCAUCAUCAUGAUCAAAAUUUGUGCAACAAUAACAUGAGGUCUUUCAAAAACAUAUUGUUUUCAAAAUUAAGUUUGCAUAUUUUAUCAUCUCAUCUGUUCCUUGACAUUUGUCACAGAUGCUGUGACAAUUCGCAUAACCAAAUUCCACCUUUUUUAUUGGUCAUAAGGUUGCUGUGUGACAAUUCAUAUAACCAUAUUCCACCAGUUGUUUUUUUUUAUUGUAGGGGUGCUGUGACAAUACGCACAAGGUUAGUUGUUUUUGUUUUAAGCUUUGUUGUACAUUUACUAAAAUAAUAGUAAGGAAAUGUCUUCAGGUUUGAAGAUUAUGGAAGAAUGCAGUUUUUCAGGUGGCUACACAGACCUAGCCAAGACCUAUAUUUUAUGUCAUAUCUGAGGCAGACAAAGCUGUACAUUAUGAGAUAGAACUGUACAAUACGAUCAAAUCUUUCUGUUUUUUUUUUUUGUUUUUUUAAUAAUCAUUUUUUAUACAUGCUGUUAUACUUUCUAUUUUUAUUUUUUUUUUGUAACUGACAUCAGUGAUUUUUUGUUUUGUUUUUGUUGUACUGUUGUUAAAAUAAACAUUCCAUGACUCUGA